CCCGUCCCCUCCCGGAUGGGAACCUGGACGCUUUGAUCAAUUGCUCCCCGGGCAGAUCAGGACUUGGGACUCUACCCAGUUUGCCACUCCAGGCCUUAGAAGAGGAAUUUUCAGGAGAGCAAUAAGAUUCCUUGGUUGCAUUGGAAGCUGAGAUGAUAUGAUUGGAAGAGCAUGAAUUGCCUGGCUAUAAGGAAGGAAAAGGACCUCCCUGUGAAGAAUGUGGAAUUCUGGGAAAGAUCUCCAACAAAGAUCAUGAGUGGGAACGCAUCCAGUUCAGAUGACCAUCUCAAGCACUUCCGGCAAUUCUGCUACCAGGAGGCCGAGGGCCCCCGAGAGGCUUGCAGCCGACUCCACCAUCUUUGCCACCAGUGGCUGAAGCCAGAAAGGCACAGCAAGAAGGAGAUGCUGGACCUGGUGAUCCUGGAGCAGUUCCUGGCCGUCCUGCCCCCAGAGAUGGGGAACUGGGUCAGGGAAUGCGGACCAGAGAGCAGUUCCCAGGCGGUGGCCCUAGCAGAAGGUUUCCUCUUGAGCCAGGUGGAAGACAGGAUGCAGGAAGGCCAGGAGCCGUUGGAAGGAGCCACUGAUGACUCCAGGGGAGAACAGGCCUCAUCAGACCACAAGCUGAAGUCACUCUUUGGGGUGAUCUCCUGGGAGAGUGACGGAGAUGCUGCCUUUCUGGGGACUGUCAGGACACUACCUGGCUGUUCUGGGAUUCCCCUUCUCUAUGGAAGACCAAAGUUGUCAUCCGUGCAGCCUGAUGAGAGUCUGAUGUCCUGUGAGGAUGUGGCUGUGCACUUCGCAGAAGAAGAAUGGGCUCUGCUGGAUCCGGCCCAAAAGGCUUUGCACAGGGAAGUCAUGGAGGAGAACUGCAGGAAUCUGGCCUCUCUGGAAAAGAAGAAAGGUCGGAAAGAGCAGAGAAAGGACUCUGAAACCUUACUACAAAGGGGAGAUGAAUUAACUGCUUCUGAAUGUUCCAGUUUCCAUGGCAUUCCAGUUCAAAAAGAAAGUAACGGAAAAAAUAUAGGCAACAAAUUCCCUGUAUGUUCAAAAAUCUCAGCUGAUGCCCAUCAAAGACUUAAAAACAGGGAGCUGCUGGCAGAGUGUAGGAAGAGUUGGAGUCUGAGCAACCGUCUUAUUUUACAUGAACGAGUAGACACAGACAAAAAGCCACACAAAUGUUCAGAGUGUGGCAAGAACUUCAGUCGAUACUCAAACCUUACAUCCCAUCAAAGAAUUCACACUGGGAUGAGACCAUAUAAAUGCUCAGCCUGUGGAAAGAGCUUCACUUGUAAGCAGAACCUUAUUACACAUCUGAGAAUCCACACUGGAGAGAAGCCAUAUAAAUGUUCAGACUGUGGGAAGAGCUUCAUUCAGAAGGUCCAACUUACUUCCCAUGAAAGAACUCACACAGGUGAAAAACCAUAUAAAUGCUCAGAGUGUGGAAAGAGUUUCAGAAAGAAGACCAGCCUUACUACCCAUCACAGAAUCCACACAGGGAACAAGCCAUAUAAAUGCUCAGUGUGUGGAAAAAGCUUCGGCCAUAAAGAAAGCCUCACUUCCCAUCAAAGAAUCCACACUGGGGAGAAACCAUACACCUGCUCAGACUGUGGAAAGAACUUUACUCAUAAAGAGACUCUGCUUUACCAUCAACGAACCCACACAGGAGAGAAACCAUACAAAUGUUCAAAAUGUGGAAAGAGUUUCAGUUGCAGUUCACGCUUCACUUACCAUCAAAGAACCCACACAGGGGAAAAACCAUACAAAUGUGCAGAGUGUGGCAAGAGGUUCAGUCAGAAGGAUAGUCUCAUUUCCCAUCACAGAAUCCACACUGGAGAGAAACCAUAUAAAUGCUUAGAGUGUGGAAAGAGCUAUCAUCGGAACUCACACCUUUCAUCCCAUAAAAAAAUCCACACAGGGGAGAAACCAUAUAAAUGCUCACAUUGUGGAAAGAACUUUGUAUGGAGCUCAGAACUUACUUCCCAUGUAAGAACUCACACAGGCGAGAAACCAUAUAAAUGCUCCGAGUGUGAAAAGAGCUUCAGUCACAACUCAAGCCUUGUUUCUCAUCAAAGAAUCCAUACAGGAGAAAAACCAUAUAAAUGCCUGAAGUGUGAAAAGGCCUUCCGUAGCAGUUCAUACCUUACAUCGCAUCAAAGAAUCCACACAGGAGAGAAACCAUAUAAAUGCUCAGCAUGUGGAAAAUGCUACACUGACAACUCACGUCUAACUUCCCAUCAAAGAACCCAUAAUGGAGAAAAACCAUAUAAAUGCUCCGAGUGUGGAAAAGAUUUCAGUCAGAAUUCAAGCCUCAUUUCCCAUCAAAGAAUCCACACAGGCGAGAAACCGUAUUCAUGUUUAGCAUGUGGAAAGGAAUUCCGUCAGAGUGCACACCUUUCUUCACAUCAAAAAAUCCAUACAGGGGAUAAACCAUAUCCACACUCAGAUUAUGGAAAUAACCUUGAGGUCUUUGAAACAUUAACUUCUUUGGCAUGUUCUACAGUUUUACCAGAAUCAAGAUACAUUUCCAGUUUCCAGAUGCUGGAAUAGAAGAGAUUUGAAAAAUCUGGAACCUGCAGUUUAAAUCUGGAUCUGGGUGAGCUGAGGCCAAAUGGGCCCACCGUUUGGUUGCUUUUGACCUCGUUUUGCACAGCUGAACUCAUCAUUUAGAAGAGAAAGUUGAUUUACACUAUGACUUUAUAAGGACAUUGGUUAGAAUGCUAGACCAAGAAUACAUGGGUUCCUUUCUCUACUCAGCCAACAAACCUGCUGGUGACCUUGACUCAAACCAUCUCUUAGCAUGACUUACUUCACAGGGUUGUUGUGAAGAUCUAGAGAACAGAUCUAUGCAGAAUACUUUGGCCCCCACUGGGGAAUCCCCACCCCCACAAGCCAUGCCCUACUGCCAUUCAGCUGGCCAGAGAAGAAAUAAAAGGGGAAUGGGAGAAUGCCAGCAGCAUGUCAGUGUACUGAUGUUGUUCUUCAUGUGCCCGGAAUUGACAUCAGUGUAUCACUAGGGGAUGCUCUGGUAUUUGGGCAAAACUCUAUGGCUUUACCAUAGAGUUUCACCCAAAUUACAUAGCACAAGCUUGUGACCCACUGGCAUCACUUCCAGUAUACACAGGCCACUACCAGACAUGAGACUGGCAACAUUGGUGCAUUGCUGGCAAGGGUGCCCUGUUAGCCAAUAAGGCCCUGGCAGCCAGCAAUGUCCCCCCUCCCCCGCAACCCUAGAUAUAGGCUACCCUGAGAUCCUUGGAGAAAAGGAGGGAUAAAACGUUCGUACCAUAAUGUUCAUACUCCUUUUUUUUUACGUUGUGAGCUGCCCCAAGCCUGAAAGGGGAGGGGUGGCAUAGAGAUAUUGUUGUUGUGGUUGUAGUUGUUAUUAAUAGUAAUAAUGAUAAUAAUAGCCAGGAUAUAGGAUGGAAGUUAAAGGUGGGGAAGGAAAGAAGGAUGUCAGGGGAGGAUGGCAUUUGGGAAGAGGAGGGACUUUAGCAGGAAUGUUGUAAUUCUCACAGAUCUCCAGCCCCCACUGGGAAGUUAGCAACCCUAGAAAAUGCAUGCAAGAAGUUAGUUUAUUGGACUGAAUAUGCUGCCCCUUCCCUUUCAGACUCAGGCAGUUCAUAAAAUUUCAACAACUAUGUAACAGCAAUAUAAAACAUUAAAGUAUCAAAACAUA